AUGGGAGGAGGCAUUUCUAAUGCGAAUCAGAGGGAAAACGCUCAGGAUGAUGAUGGAAAUGAAAAAAGGCAAUGGCGCAUUGAUGACGGAAAGCGCAAAUUUAUAACUUCAACAGUAGAUUCAGCAAAUAAGGGGUAUACUGAAGGCAUGAGUGACCCUCUUGGUGCGAGGGGAGUUCCUGAUCCUGUGGAAAGUACGACUCCACGUAGUAAAUUAACUUUUUUUAAAGGGAAUUCCGAAAAUCCUAUGUCGGGAGCUGCCUCAGCUGGCAACUUCGGUAAAGGGGCCGGCAACAGCAGCUCCACGAACUCAAUGCGGAACAUGCGGAAUGCUUCCGUGGCGGUCCAAGAGGAUUCCGAAAAUCCUAUGUCGGGAACUGCCUCAGCUGGCAACUUCGGUAAAGGGGCCGGCAACAGCAGCUCCACGAACACAAUGCGGAACAUGCGGAAUGCUUCCGUGGCGGUCCAAGAGGAUUCCGAAAAUCCUAUGUCGGGAGCUGCCGCAAGUAGCAUCUUGGUUAAAGGGGCCGGCAACAGCAGCUCCACGAACUCAAUGCGGAACAUGCGGAAUGCUUCCGUGGCGGUUCAAGAGGAUUCCGAAAAUCCUAUGUCGGGAGCUGCCUCAGCUGGCAACUUCGGUAAAGGGGCCGGCAACAGCAGCUCCACGAACAUAAUGCGGAACAUGCGGAAUGCUUCCGUGGCGGUCCAAGAGGAUUCCGAAAAUCCUAUGUCGGGAGCUGCCGCAAGUAGCAUCUUGGUUAAAGGGGCCGGCAACAGCAGCUCCACGAACACAAUGCGGAACAUGCGGAAUGCUUCCGUGGCGGUCCAAGAGGAUUCCGAAAAUCCUAUGUCGGGAACUGCCUCAGCUGGCAACUUCGGUAAAGGGGCCGGCAACAGCAGCUCCACGAACACAAUGCGGAACAUGCGGAAUGCUUCCGUGGCGGUCCAAGAGGAUUCCGAAAAUCCUAUGUCGGGAGCUGCCGCAAGUAGCAUCUUGGUUAAAGGGGCCGGCAACAGCAGCUCCACGAACUCAAUGCGGAACAUGCGGAAUGCUUCCGUGGCGGUUCAAGAGGAUUCCGAAAAUCCUAUGUCGGGAGCUGCCUCAGCUGGCAACUUCGGUAAAGGGGCCGGCAACAGCAGCUCCACGAACAUAAUGCGGAACAUGCGGAAUGCUUCCGUGGCGGUCCAAGAGGAUUCCGAAAAUCCUAUGUCGGGAGCUGCCGCAAGUAGCAUCUUGGUUAAAGGGGCCGGCAACAGCAGCUCCACGAACACAAUGCGGAACAUGCGGAAUGCUUCCGUGGCGGUCCAAGAGGAUUCCGAAAAUCCUAUGUCGGGAGCUGCCUCAGCUGGCAACUUCGGUAAAGGGGCCGGCAACAGCAGCUCCACGAACAUAAUGCGGAACAUGCGGAAUGCUUCCGUGGCGGUCCAAGAGGAUUCCGAAAAUCCUAUGUCGGGAGCUGCCGCAAGUAGCAUCUUGGUUAAAGGGGCCGGCAACAGCAGCUCCACGAACACAAUGCGGAACAUGCGGAAUGCUUCCGUGGCGGUCCAAGAGGAUUCCGAAAAUCCUAUGUCGGGAGCUGCCGCAAGUAGCAUCUUGGUUAAAGGGGCCGGCAACAGCAGCUCCACGAACUCAAUGCGGAACAUGCGGAAUGCUUCCGUGGCGGUUCAAGAGGAUUCCGAAAAUCCUAUGUCGGGAGCUGCCGCAAGUAGCAUCUUGGUUAAAGGGGCCGGCAACAGCAGCUCCACGAACACAAUGCGGAACAUGCGGAAUGCUUCCGUGGCGGUCCAAGAGGAUUCCGAAAAUCCUAUGUCGGGAGCUGCCGCAAGUAGCAUCUUGGUUAAAGGGGCCGGCAACAGCAGCUCCACGAACUCAAUGCGGAACAUGCGGAAUGCUUCCGUGGCGAUCGUCGGUGAUUAUGCGAGCGACAUGGCAGAAUCUGAAAAAUCCAAUCUAGAGGUUGAACCGGGAGCAACGACUUCGCAGGGUUCGGUAAUGAACGUAGCUGGGCCUUUUAUUUGCCAAUCAUAUAACAAUGCAGUAGAAAAGACUAAAGGGUUGGGGCGUGCGCCGGCGCCGGGUUUUUUCCGGAGUGUUGUUGGGCCGUCACCAGACGUUUCAAACCUGACAAGGAAAAAAGUGACCUCCUUUCUGCGGCCUUGCGUCGCUACUGGGUCUGAGGAAAAAACUUCACGUGAUGUAGCUUUUGAUCCACCGGCUAUGCCGUUCGUCACCCCGUCAACGGGAGGUGGCAGUGCACGCGGUCCGCUACGGAUGCGUCUCAGGAUUAAACAAGGAAAUGAGGGAAGCCCAGUAGCACGUGCCGAUACUCCAGAAAAAGGUUCGCUUCAUAAAUCGGGAGCGAAAAACAAGACAGUUCCUCCGUCUGCUCCAUAUAAUUUGGACUUUGAGUGGUAA